AUGGACAAUUAUAGCUCCAUGAAGUUAGAAAUGUUGGCUUUGAAAUGUGCCGUAACCGACAAGUUCCGCAGUUAUCUGUUAGGAAGCAACUUCACCAUUUAUACUGACAAUAAUCCCCUGAAAUAUCUUCAAACGGCAAAACUUGGAGCAGUAGAACAACGAUGGGCUUCGCAGUUGGCAUCUUUCAAAUUUGACAUUGUUUAUCGCUCGGGAAAAUCGAAUGCUAAUGCCGACGCAUUGUCGCGGCUCCCUCACCAUGAUUGCCCAGACAAACUUUCGUCGGUGGUGGAAGUAACGAAUACCUUGGCUCAUUUCUCCAAUACAACAGCCUUCCCACCCCACCUAGCUACUGCCACUUUGGAAAAAAGUGCAAACAUAACCAUUGAAGGUCCUCAGCAAACGUAUGUGGCAAACAACGUUAUCAACACAGAACAUAACGUACCUAAGUCAGGAACGAAGUCAUUUCCAAGUUACUCCAAGUCCGAGUUAAUGCAGAUGCAACAAAGUGAUCCAACGAUAAGCGCAUUCCUGAAAUUUUGGACAGUUGGUAGGAAACCCGAUGCAAAGGAGAAGAAAGAUCUCACUAUUGGUACCCGUGUCUUGUUACAGCAAUGGAAACGGUUAGAACUGAAGGACGGAGUAUUGUACCGAACGAUUAUUGAUCCACAAAAGCAGGAGGUACAACAGUUGGUGCUACCUGAGAUUCUAAAGGAGAGAGUAAUUCGCAGUCUUCACAACGACAUGGGACAUCAGGGCUUAGAGAGAACUAUUCUACUAGCUAGAUCUCGAUGCUACUGGCCAGGUAUGUACACAGAUGUCGAGAAAUGGAUCAAGGCUUGUGAACGAUGUGUUUUGUCCAAAAUGCCACAACCGCGUAUUCGAACACCAAUGGGGCACCUUAUUACCGAACAACCCCUGUCAGUUCUUGCCAUUGACUUUACGUUGUUGGAACGUUCGAGUGAUGGAAAAGAAAAUGUACUGGUAAUGACUGACGUUUUCACUAAGUUUUCGUUAGCAGUACCCACGAAAGAUCAAAAAGCAUCCACAGUUGCCAAAAUGCUUGUAAAGGAGUGGUUUCAAAAGUACGGCACCGGAACGGAUCCAUUCGGACCAAGGCAGGAAUUUCGAGAGUGCAAUCGUUCAGGAACUGUGUCGAAUUUAUGGUAUAAAGAAGAGCCGCACAACACCUUACCACCCACAAGGCAACGCACAAUGUGA